UUAUUUAAAGUCGGAGCGACAUUUUUUUUUUCUGUUUUACCUUCUUUGUGUUGUCAGUGUGUGUAAGUUAGUAGCAGGGUUCGGGUUUACGUCUUUAAGGAGCCCACUUCCAUAGCAACGUGAAGUGUGUCUGUAAUUACACUGAGAGGCUGGGCUGUCUGACUUUACUCAGAAAUACUGGGCUCAUGAGGGGAACAAUGCCUCGAGUAAUUUCAACAGAGUUUCCUCAUCUUACUGCUGGUAAUUUUGAGAGCUCUCUGUCCUCUGAUGUCGUAUUGGCUCAGUUCUUCAAUGAUUUCUUAAAUUUGCCGUCUUUCUCAGAGGGGCUGCUGUACAACCAGGAGACCGGGCUGUUUGAGGUGACGAGUGGAGCGGCUGAGUUUGUCUCCACAAAAAUCAGGUCAGCCAUAAAGCACACGAAAUUACAGCUCCUCACCGGUGACCCCGCAGCGCUGGCCAGAAACCCUCCUGUGGACAACCAUUACACAGUCUGUUGCCUGGACAAAGAGCAAGGAAUUCAGUGGAUCAAAAGAGAAAGACUGGCCUUCUUCCUUCGAAGCGAUUGUUACUAUGAAUACAGACUAGCCAAGCUCUUGCUUCAGUGGGACCCAAAUUUGUGCAUCCACCAAAGGAAAAGCAGCUCAAGUCGAACUGCUCCUCCAGCCCCACGGUUACGUCAUUCCUCCCAAUCCAGCAAGGAAAGGCACAAUGUUACAUCUAACCAGACAGAACAUAUCAACACAAAAAGCAGCAAAUCAUCCAGAUGCUACUCAAGACCUUCUGAGCCAGAAUAUCCAUGCACCUUUUCCUCUUCGCCCCAGAGAUCACAAACAGACCUGAGCCUCGACUUAACAGAGCGAUCAACACGCGUUGGAGAGGAGCAACAUCCCAAAGGGUUUGACUCUCCUGAACAACAGCUGGCGUACCUGGCUGCCAAAGUGGUCAAACAUGCGGUUAAAGACUCAGUUAAGUCGAUUGAUGGCGAGAGCCGUGCAAACAGCGAGACAGAAGACCAGACAAAUUGCGCCAGCUCAGACAAACGCCGCGAAUGUAAAGUUUUCCAGCAAUCAACGGGCGAGGACAGUGAAAGAUUGGAGCGAGAGAAAGAGAAAGUUCAAGAUGGCAAGAGGGGGGUUGAAUGGGAAGAAAAGACAGAAUGGAAAGAGAGGAAGAUGGAGGUGGGGAGAAGAGUCAUUAAGCAGGAAAAUGUCCCUGACAUCUGUUGCCAUGGUACCUGUUGCCAUGGCAGACGGCCAGGCUUCGAGGAGUUCAAGAACUUUUUGCGAGAGAGGCCGGGAGAGAAGCUGCUUGAUUUCUGGAUGGAUAUAGAGAGACUGAAAGCUACGCAGCACAGAGAGCGAAAGAACAGGUAUUUGCAACUGAUGAGGAACAGGUACCUGCUGAGGAGCAGUCAGAGCAGUCUGAAUGAGGAGCUGCUCUCCUCUCUGGGGCUGAAUACCUCCCCCUGCUGGACAGAAGAGAAACUGCGCUCCGUCCAACCCUGCCUCACCGAGUCUCUGCUUUUCUACUGGGCCCCUCGGUUUUGGGCGUCCCGGUGCGUUCAGGAACAUGUCUCCUCUGGUGCUGGGCUGUCGACAGAGUGGUGCGAAAGGCCCCUGUCAGGCGUACGGCCCUGUCACACCUCUGCAACUCUGGCUUUCUUACAUCUUGACCCCGACUUGUCCGAGCCCUCGCAUACCGUCCAUUCACAGUUCUUGUCGAACAGAGGUCGUUCACGGAGCAGUGGAAAAAUGCAAGCGAUGUUACAGGCUCUCUUUUUGGACUUCCGUGCCGGCUCACCUUUCACGCUCUUCUGUGAACAGUCUGGAAACAAGCUGUGGGUGAAUGCAGUUUACUUCUGGACUGACCUGCGACACUACCAUGAGCUGUUCCACCAGGAUGGUAGAGACCCCUAUAGAAUACAGAGGGAGGCGCAGCUCCUUUACUCCACAUAUCUUUCCAGUUGUGCUGGAAGGAGCGUCGGUGUAGAUGAGGAGAUCAGAGGGGAGGUCCGUACCAGAAUGAUUCCUGCUUUUGAGGAGCUGUUUGAUGUGGUCGAAGUGCACACACUGAACGUCCUGCUGGAGCCGUGGACGCUGCUGGUUAACAGGGACAACGAGUCCUUCCAGCGGGUGUGUGUGCAGGAGGAGGUGCGCUGCAUUGACACUCAGGAGUAUAAGGAGCUGCAGAGUCUGUACGAGGAGUCGCAGCUGAAACUGAAACAGGUGGUGCAGUGCAGCUCCACGCAAUUCCCGUCAUCCACUGCAGCUCCUGCUCGCCUCUCAAAGGGCACCAGGGCUGCUCCCUCUUCUUCCAGUGUGUAUCCCAGUUACCGUGGUUACAGUUUAGGUGCCUUAUUGCAUCAGCAUCAUGAGUUUGGGCAAUUUAUGUCUUUCCUACAGAGUCAGGAUGCCAGCAUCCACCUGACAUUUUGGCUGGAGCUGCAUCAGUACGGGAUGACUCCUCAAAAGGACAAGGCCAUCAGACAGGAGAGGUCGUCUCACAUUGCCACCACGUACCUCAACAGGAAGUACUUCUUUGGCUCCGGCAGUCCUGCCACAACAGAGCAACAAAGUGAUAUACUGCGUUGGGCAGGUGGACCGGAGCUCCUGGAGUCAGAGUGUCUCUCAAACUCGGUCGUCAUGAAGAUCCAGGACGUGGUCAGGAAUUACAUCGAGAAGACGUGGAUGCCUUUGUUCAUGACUGAGCGGCAGAAGCACAAAGCAAAGCCGCAGGCAGCAGACAAGCUUUCACGGCACGUCUACCGUCGACCCAGAAAGAGGAGAGAAGCCUGGAAGGCCGAGGGCGCGUCGAUGAGUUCCACCAAGGAGGUCUCGCUGUUUCGUCGAAUCCUACUCAACCCCGUCACCUGUCAGCAGUUCCAGCACUUCGUCUCCCUGAAGGGAGACUUCCUGGAGAAUGAUGUGCUCUUUUGGCUGGAGGUUCAGAGGUACAAGGACCUCUGUCAUUCCCACAGCGAUGAGGCCACCAUCCAGAAGAAGAUCUCCACCAUCAUCAGCUGCUUCAUCAACUCCUCCACGCCCCCCGCCCUGCAGAUAGACGUCCCCCCCGAACAGGCCCAGCGCAUUCUGGAGCAGCGCCACAAGCUGGGGCCUUACAUAUUCAGAGAGCCGCAGAUGUCGGUGUUCGCUGAAUUACUGAAGUUUUGGCCCGAGUUCCAAGAGCUUAGCAGCAGCGUCCCGGAGGAGCAACUCCUACCUCUGCUGCAGGAGAAACGAGCCAAACACAGAGCCAGAGAGCGGAGGCAGAAGAGGAAAGAGAAGGAGGAGGAGGAGGUGGAGGAGGAGGAGGAAGAUAAGAAGACAAGAGCCCAGGAAGGACAGGAGAGACAAGAGUCCAGUUCUAGGCAGGAUGAGGAGACAUUAGAUGAUGAGGAUGAUGAAGAUGAAACCAAGGAAGACGGAGGAAGAGAUAAAAAGCAGCCGAGGCCACAGAGCAGAGACCUGUUGACUCCCACACAGACGUGGUCGUGGUCGUACUCCAGGUACGUGGCAGGGCUGAAGAGAGAGGAGCUGCAGCUGAGGAGGAGACAGAACCACCUGGAAACUUUCUCCGCGGCCUCAGACUCCUCCUCUGCCUGCAGUGUCAAACGCAGCUACUGCCAGCGCUCGCAUCGCUCCUCGGCCACACACAGCAAACAGUGCAACAGAUAGAAGAGUAAAUCAGCACAACACGAUCUUCUCGGCCGCUCAGCUGACUUUCAUGUUUAACCUCCUGAGGCCUGUUGUCAGUGCACUUGUUUAUUUAUGCUCAUUAACUUUUUUAGUUUGAUAUGACAUCCAAAAUUGAGAAAUUCACAAGUACUCAUUUGAGGACGUUAGGAUUUCAUUAAACAUUAGUGACUUAAAUUGUAAUAUACACUCACCGGCCACUUUAUUAGGU